AUGAAAUACCCGUUAGUAAUUACCAACUUUGGUAAUCACUACAAUAAAGAAACAGGCAAGUUUGUCUGUCAACAUCCAGGUAUCUAUGUUUUCCAAUUUACAUCAGGGUCAACUAACGGUGAUACCUCAUUUUCAACAAGCAUCAAGAAGAAUGGGAAACGCACUGCCUCAGCAUUAGAGAGUGGUUCAGGCUACAAAUCAAUUAGUAACAUGGUAGUUCUUGAUUUAGUAGCAAACGAUGAAGUGUGGACUGAGCCUAUUAAUACCAACUAUAACUAUUACUAUUGUGAUAGCAACAACCUCUGUUCUUUUUCAGGCUUCCUGCUUUAUGCAUCUUCAUAA